AACAACUGUGUGCUACAGGAGUUGACUACAGGCUGUAGUGUACCGCAUUAAUGUUCUUCAAGACUUUUACUACAUUAAUGUACUAAAUGAAUGUGCUAUUUGAAUGUACCACUUCACUAUACAUGCCCUUACAAGCUUGAAAGUGUUGGACAAGAAGUCCAACAUGUCCAACAACAAGUCUGACAUGUCCAACAUGGGCAGUCAAGUAACAGGACGUAAGCGAAGCAGCAACAAGGACAGAAGUACAGCAGAAGACGAGGCUUUAAAUCUUAUUGCCAAAGAGGCGGAGGCCAGGCUGGCAGCAAAAAGAGCAGCUCGGGCAGAGGCAAGAGAGAUUCGCAUGAGAGAACUUGAAAGACAACAAAAAGAGAUCUUUCAGGUACAGAAGAAAUAUUAUGGCUUGGACAGCAAAUUAGAUGACAGAGUGGACGACAAAUGGGGAGAUAUUGAGCAAUGGAUGGAGGACAGUGAGAGAUACUCACGCCCCUCACAGCUGUCAGACGAUGAUGAGCACAUGUCAGUGGGUGUCAGGUCGGAUCUUGAUUCAGUUCAUGGUGCAGGGGGCUCCUCCUUGGUCUCGCACAAGAAGUCCAAGAAAAAGAAGAAACAUAAGCAUAAAGAUAAAGAAAGGAACGGCUGUGAUGAUGAUGAGUACAGUGUUGUGUCCAGCAGGAGUUCAAAACUCAGUGACGACAGCAAAGUCUCACGCUCAUCCAGAGGAGACCUAUUGUCUUUAGAGUAUAGUAGCUAUCCCAGGUCCAGAAGCUCCAGCAGGAACAGUUCAGCUCGUGCCAGUCCAGUGGACCAGUGUGCUUCUGUUGCUACUUUUUUAAGACGUGCAGCGAGUAGCAAUGCUGUCACCUGUAAUCUGGAUCAAGUUUCUAUUCCGGAUUUUUCUCAUAGUUCCAGUGCAGCUUCUACAUUAACUGCAACAACCAUCACAUCCCUGGGCGCCUCUUCUUCACGGACAGGAAGUGGAGAAACUGUGGAUGCUGAGAGUGCCGUGAGAGAAAUUAAAGAAAUUCAUGAACUUAAGGAUCAAAUUCAAGAUGUGGAAUCCAAGUACACACACAAUCUAAAAGAAGCCAAGGAUGCUUUAACAGAAGUGGAAGAGAAGUAUCGAAAGGCUAUGGUGUCCAACGCCCAGCUGGACAAUGACAAGAAUAACCUGAUGUACCAAGUGGACACGCUGAAGGACUCUUUGAUGGAACUAGAAGAACUUCUGUCUGAGUCCCGGCGGGAAUACCAGGACAAAGUCAAGGAGUUGGAGCGAGAGAAACACGCCCACAAUGUGCUUCACUUCCAGCUGAUUACCAUGAAAGAAAGCCUUCAACAAAGCGAGGAGCUGCUAAAUGAGAUCCGUCAGUUGCGUAUGAAACAGGACACGUUUUCUAGAGAGAUAUGUGACCUACAAGAGACACUGGAAUGGAAGGAUAAGAAAAUUGGGGCCUUAGAGCGACAAAAAGAAUACACGGACGCCAUCCGAACUGAGCGAGACGUGCUGAGGGAAGAAGUUGUGAAGCUGAAAGAUAUUCUAAAGAAACAUGGCGUGGUGUUGAGCAUCAAUGGCGGGGCUGCUGAGAUGGACGCAGCAAUCAGCAGCCGCGAGGAUUGCAGCAGCUCCCAAACUGAAGUAAACUGCAUGCUGGGAAGCUCAGUGGACGCUCAGUUAAGAAGUAGUGGAAAGGAAGAGGUGGAUCAAGAGCAGCAUCAAGAUGUGUUUGAGGAAAUGCAAACAAGUCGUUUGAGCGCUGAUACGCUGUCUAAUACUGACAAGGCAUCUAUAGUGGAAUCCUGCAGCACAUUGCAAUCCUCAAAAGAACAUGAAAUGCCUCUCAAAGUAGUCAAUGGUGGCCAAAGGUUGGAAUGGCAGGCUGAAGUUGAUGAACUUCCAAUCACAAAAGUCUUCAAUGAACACCUCAGUUCUGAGUUGGAAGAAAAUGCAAGUCAUUCUGAAGAUGUUCCACAUGUUAAGUCAGAUUUAGAAGAGAGAGUUACAACAACCAAUGAUGUUAUUGAAGAUAACUUUAUUAACGUCUUUGAGGAGAACCCACACAAACCCAAAACCAUACAGAAAUGUCAUUUGAUAAACACACAAUCAUGUCUACAAAAUGUUAUUGAUUCAGAAUCAUGUACACAAGAAGAUUCUAAAGAUUCAGAAUCAUGUCUGGAAAAUGUCAAAGAUGCAGUAUCAUGUUCACAACGAAAAUGUAUAAAAGAUUCUGAAUUGCGUCCCCAAGUAGGAAAUGUCAAUGUCUUUGAGUCUGAGGCUAUCCUAGUUGUUUCAAACACUGAACGCCAUUGUGGAAGUGAAAAUGCUGAGACUAAAAAUAAUGAAGGAGAAGAAAUACGAAUAGAGGCUCCACCUAAGAGUGUUAAUGCUCUUGGCCAAAAGAAGAAAAAGAAGAGGAGAGGCACAAAGAAAGGAGUGUCCCGUAAGGAAAUAAUUCAAUCUAAGGACAAUGAUAGAAUAUGUAAAAAAAAAAUCCAACUUGCAGCAGUUUCAGAAUGUAGCACUGAUGGUCACAUCUGUGAACGCAUUCAAGAAUCUUCUGCUGAUCAGGUUAUCAAAGAGACCGACCAGCAUCAGGGUACUGAACAAAUGGAACACACUGAAGUCUCAAAUGUUGAACAGCUAAACAAAUCCAAGAUGGAUUCAAUUAGUGGUCAAUGGAAUAAUAAAAAGCACUGGAAAGCAGUGAAGGAACCAGGCGAGGAUCGAGUUUUAAAAGAGACAGACAGGCAAGAUGCUAAACUAGUAGAUUGUGCACAAGUAGAACACCACGAAACAUCAAACGUUCAAAACCCCAAAGAAUCAAACAUGGAUCUAAUGUUCAAUACAGAUGAACACAGUUAUGAGCAGAAUGUGGAAGCAGAAGUAGACAUAAAAGAUGAAAAAAUCUUUCUACCUUUACCACUCAGUGAAACACAAAGUGGUCAGCGCACAGAUCAACAGGACUUGAAACAAACUUUAGAAUCUGUGAAAAGCGAGGGAGGAUCUACACAGAGUUCUGAUCCAAGGUUAAGUUUUCGUAUUGACUUUGUUAGCACCAACACCAAUAAAAGUUUGGAGAAAGAUGACAUGCCAACUGUAGACACACAAGAUGACGUGACAACCGUAGACACACAGGAUGACAUGACUACUAUAGACACAGCGUAUGACAUGACCACCGUAAACAGACAGGAUGACGUGACAACUGUAGACACAAAUGAUGGCGUGACAACUGUAGACACACAAGAUGGUUUGACAACGGUAGACACACAAAAUGACGUGACAACCAUAGAAACACAGAAAGACGUGACAAUUUUAGACACACAAGAUGACAUAACCGUAGACACACAACAUGGCGUGACAACCGCAGACACACUAGACAUGACAAUCGCAAACACACAAGACAUUACAACCGUAGACACACAAGACAUGACAAUCGCAAACACACAAGACAUUACAGCCGUAGACACACAAGACAUGACAACCGUAGACACACAUGACGUGACAAACGUAGACACACAAGAUGACGUGAUAACAGUCGACACACAAGAUGAUGUGACAACCGUAGACACAGAAGAUGACAUGACAACUGAAGACACAAUGGAUGACGUGACGACCGUAGACACAGAAGAUCACGUGACCACCAUAGACAGACAAGACAAUGGAGCUGCAAAGUGUAAUAACGAAAUAACAGAAUUAGAAGUGGAAAGUAGUGUUAAAAAUGAAAGCCAUAUUCACUUGUCUGUGACUGAGGAGUCUACUGUCCAACUCCCAGAGUCACCAUCUGAACUGUCUGCUGCAAAGAACUCCAACAAUGAUGAUGUGCUCACUGGGGUUUCUGACAAAGGCCGGCUCGUGAGAACAUGUACAAAUCAAAAGGAUGAAGAGCCACAAGCAGAAAGCAGAGAAAGAUCUUUUCUGUCUGUUACCAAUCCCAAUUAUAUAUUGGACGAAACCUCCAACCUGUCUGAAAUUGAGGAGGAACAUGAAUUGUUGGAUUUAGUCAAGCCAAAGAACUCUUCACAUGAGCAUGACAUUGAUGAGACUCAGACUGAACGUUUGACUUUGGGGUAUGAAGAUCAGAUUGAUGAUGCUGCCUCCGACACACAAGGGCAGACACAAAGCUCUCCUUAUAAUAUAAUUCCCAUGAUUGUGCAGCAACUUACUACUGAGCAAUUAGCCUCCGAAGACAAUCCCGAGGAGCACAAAAACGGCAAAAGUGACCAGAAAAGUCUGAUUGCACAACCACUGCUGGAAUCAUUAAGUGUAAAGAAGUCUGAGCCCAGUAACACAAGUAACUCCGAGCAGUGCAGUGAGGAGGACACCGAAGAAAAUGAGGAAGGGCAGUCCUUUGAUUUUGAUGACCUGAACACAGAUGUGGCUGUAGAAAUACACACCACUAUAGCCCAGGAAGAAGUUGAGGCGAGGUUUGAUGUCCUGUCAGAUGACAAGAGUGAAAUGUGUGUGCCACAAGGGAAGCAAAUGGAUGAUGAGGUGUGUACUGAUGCAGCUUCAGUAGACAAAGAUGCUGUAAAGAAACGCAGCGUUUUGGUUCAUUUGGAAGCUUCAUCUAAAAAUCUGGGAAUUGUGGAGGAGCAUGAGGAAAAAAUGGGGAAGAUGAGUGCGAUGGAUGAGCAAACCAUUGUUCCAAAAGACAGACAGCCUUCCAAAGCUGGGGGGUUUGGUGUUUUACAAAACACAAGUGAAGACCAGGCUGUGCCUUUACCAGUAGAAGAAGCUUUAGAUGUUGUUGAACAACUGCAUGAAGUAGGCGCAAACAGAGUGACUGUAAAAGAUGUGAAGAAAAAUUGCAAGAAAGGAAAAAGCAAAGGCAAAGAUGACUGCAAGAUGACUUAGAUGAAGACUUCAAAAUGAAAUAUUGUGGUAUUUUGUUGAUGAAGUAGGACAUUUGGCAGUUUCUUUUUCUGGUUUGUUGAAUUUUCUGUAAACUUCAAAUUUCGUAUUUUUGUGUUAUAUUUGCAAACAAAUAAGUAAUUUGAACUUUUAGAAUGUAAAAUGCAAGCUUCUGCAAGCAGUUGUUUUGGUCAAAGUCAUUCAGCCAUCUUCUCCAUCCGCAGACCGAAGAAACAAUUCUGCCUGCACUACUGUUAUAUGACAAUAAAUGACAAUAAAGUUUGAUUUGAUUUAAUGUCAUAGUUACUAAAUAAUAUUAAGACUCAUCCACGUCAUGGUAAUCCCUCAAAUUUGAAUGGAGGUCUUCUCGUUAGUUAAAGAUGUUGAAUCCAAUCUUCACUUAUAAGUGUUUUAAGAGUAAGAUCAGAGCAACAACCUUUUUCCGUCCCAUUAAAAUGUUUUACUUGCGAGCAGACAGUAGAAGAGGCUUGUGGGCAAGGGUCUACUGUAGGCCCGGGUCUACAAGCCGAGAAAUAGAACGCAGACAGGACAGUGUGUAGGUCAGGGCUAAUCAAUUGGUGGCCCACAGGAACGAAACCAAACCAGCCUGUAAGUUCAGUUCAAAACAUUUGGAAGAGACUAACAUUUUUUGCUGCAGAUUCCUGAAAACACUGGAACACUCUCAUGUAGACCUUUGACUAACAUUUUUUGCAGUAGGUCCUUAAAAACAGCAGUGCAGUCCUGUUGCUAUUUUUUGUGGUUGUGGUUAGUUUUUUUCUCUUUGGUGUCGCGCAGUGAAGCUUUUCGACUGAAUGUGGUGAAUAGUCUUCACUUUUGUAAUGGGUUAUGCUGUAGAGGUAACCUGUUGGCUUGUUUGGGUCUUUUUUUGCUUUUAGUAUAAUAACAACUAUUGGUGUUUUCCAGGCAGAAGGUAACUGACCUGACUGAAUUUCAGCGUUUUGUCUUGUAGGAUUUGCUUCUCCAUCUCAUGUGUGUUUUUUUCUUCAUGGAUAUUUUUGUAGUUUGGCAUAUUGGGAUUCUUCACAUGUUCACACCUACUCAAUGGACUAGUGGGUAGAGUGUCCGCCCUGAGAUCGGUAGGUUGUGAGUGCAAACCCCGGCCGAGUCAUGCCAAAGACUAAAAAAAUGGGACCCAUUACCUCCCUGCUUGGCACUCAGCAUCAAUGGUUGGAAUUGGGGGUUAAAUCACCAAAAAUGAUUCCCGGGCGUGGCACCUUUAUCACCUCCCAGGGGGUGAUAAAUCGGAUGGGUCAAAUGCAGAGGGCAAAUUUCACCACACCUAGUGUGUGUGACAAUCAUUGGUACUUUAACUUUAACUUAACUUUAAUGUUGGACAGUCGUGGUUGGUUUUUUGGAUGCUGCUGACAAAGCAACCACGUAAGUAAACAUGACAUUCUAUCUCGUGUUCUCAGUGGCGGGCCGAGCCGUGCAUUAAACACCUAGGCCUUCAGUGAUGUCCUACGUAGUUUGAUUUCAUUAAAUACCUCCCAAUAUUAUAAUUGAUGUCACCACAUGCCUAGUAGAAAUACUGUACAGAAUCACACGUGUGCAUGAUGAAUCACCUCAAUAGUGUAGAAAACAGGCUAUUUUCCGGCACAUUUAACCUUAUCAGUAAUUAAAACUAGGGAUGUCCGAUAAUGGCUUUUUGCCGAUAUCCGAUAUUCCGAUAUUGUCCAACUCUUUAAUUACCGAUACCGAUAUCAACCGAUAUAUAUAUAAAGUCGUGGAAUUAACACAUUAUUAUGCCUAAUUUGGACAACCAGGUAUGGUGAAGAUAAGGUACUUUUAAAAAAAAUGAAUAAAAUAAAAUGAGAUAAAUAAAUUAAAAACAUUUUUUGAAUAAAAAAGAAAGUAAAACAAUAUUAAAACAGUUACAGUGAAACUAGUAAUUUAUGAAAAUUAGUAAAAUUAACUGUUAAAGGUUAGUACUAUUAGUGGACCAGCAGCACGCACAAUCAUGUGUGCUUACGGAUUGUAUCCCUUGCAGACUGUAUUGAUAUAUAUUGACAUAUAAUCAUACUUGCCAACCU